CACCUUCUUUCUUUAGUCCAAGUACCGGAGCACGUUUGAGUGACCAUGGAGUGCGUUUGCUGUCAUGUAGUUCAGCGUUAAUACAGCGUGAAUAGUUGAAGAGGGGGAUUGUUGCAGGGACGCGAGGAACCAGACUCGAGCCAUGGCCGCACGAGAGGACGGAGAGGUUUUGCACGGUAAAAUAAGGCACCACGACGGAGCUGGAAGUGUAAACAGCUCAGAGGGCUUCAGGAACGGCUAUGUGAAGAGCUGCGUCACCCCCCUUAAACAGGACCAUCAGAGGGGAUUUUUGUUCAGCGUGUGCAGGUUUUGCAACGAAGACGUACUUAAUUCAAAACUGUUAAAAGUAUCUGCCCUCUACGUCGGCGCGUUUGUUAUUUUCGCGGUUUCUUUUCUCAUUUCUAGGAGCUUGCAAAGUGACUCGCUUUGGGAUUUGCGGACUUUUUUGUCGGGCUUCUCUCAGUCCAUCAGUCCUCUGUUCAGCAUAGGAUGUGCUUUCUUCUUUCUAACAUUUUACCUGAGAAGGAAAAAGAAGGAGAGCAGCAAAUGUUGGCUCGUGUCACUGCCAGCUUCGUGUUACCUCGGGGAUUUUCUGGUUUUGCGGUUUUUGCAAUGGGGAGAGGACCAGCACCAGAUGCAAAUGGUGGGCAGGUUGUUAUUCGUGUUGGGAUGUGUAGGUCUGCUAACACUGAUCCCAACACUGAAACUCAAACACAGUGUUCUUAUAUUGGUUUUUGCCAGCGUUGUGUGGCUUGUUUCUUUCACAAGUUUGAACGGUCUGCCCGCACUGCUCAGACCGCUCUUUGCCUGCUUUGCGGGGGUUUCUGGCUCCAUGUUGGGGCUCUGUUUUGACCGUUACUACCCGACGAGGGAAGCACCGAGUGGGAUUUCCAGCGCGGAGGAAAAGGUCCCUGUGAUCAGACCAAGGAGACGGUCCAGUUGCGUCUCUCUGGGGGAAACGUCGACCAGCUAUUACGGCAGUUGUAAAAUGCCUCGGAGACCUUCGUUGCCCUGCAUAUCUAGAGAGCAGAUGAUCUUAUGGGACUGGGAUCUGAAACACUGGUACAAACCACAGUAUCAGGGGGCUGUAAGCGGCAAUGGCGUGGAUCUUUCAGUGAUCAAUGAGGCCAGAAAUCUGGUGUCAGACCUGCUGUUGGACUCCUCUGUGUCGCCAAACACUAUUGCAUCUCUGCGCAGCAUCUCCAGUCUUUUGGGAACAUUUUCUGGCUCAUGCCGCCCAAGAGUCAACCCCUUCACCCCCUUCCCUGGUUUCUACUCCGUAGAGGUGGAGGACUCUGUUGAAAGGAGUGACAGGAAGAGCAUUAAGGGACUGAGCAGCAGAAACAGCCUCCCAACCCCUCAGCCCAGACGGAGUUCCACCUCCUCCACACCCACUACACUCCCUACUCUUGAUGCCGCCUCUUCACGAUGGGAGCGAAACAAUGGAAAGAGACCGCACUCAGACCUCAGUUUGACCAGCUCAAAUCUGUCCAAUGGGCCUAAUGCAAACCUCCUCACCAUUCCCAAGCAGAGAUCUUCCUCUGUCACCCUCACAUACCAUGCAGGGCCUAGGAGAGCAGGCGCAUCUCCCAGCCUUAGCCCUGUCACCUCACCAAGCCACAGUCCUCCAGCACUGGGUACAGGUUCCUCAUCGUCCCUUGUCACUCGAUCGCCUGUGGAGUUUCCAGACACAGCCGACUUCCUGACAAAGCCAAGUGUCAAUCUGAACCUGCACAAGCCCUUGGGCUACCAAACCAGCUCCACUGAUUUCCAGCAGGGCCUUCGCAGCUCUGCCUUCCCCUUCUGCACCAGCUGUGGUCGUCAGAUUCUCAAAGGAGUUUCCAGCAGUGAGAUAGGGGAGUCUCAUCAACCAUAUAGCAGUGAGGCUCAGCGCAGGCGCUCAGCAGGUGAAGGGCUGGACUUCACAGGGGAGCCUCUCAUCAGGGAGGAGAGCCCAGAAGUGGAUGUUUCUGGAGAUGGGAGGCCAGAUGCUGGAGGAAACCAUGGGCAGGAAGAGGAGAAUAGCUCAACUACAGACCAGCAGAAUCAGAAAUCAGAGGUGUGCUUGAAAAAGCAGGGUGAACAGUUCAGGUUAGAUCCUAUGCUGGAGGACCACGAGGCUCUAAUGGAGAGGAUGAACACCUGGAACUUCCAGAUCUUUGACUUGAUGGACAAGACGGGAGGGAAGACCGGGAGGAUCCUCAGCUAUGUGACAUACACCCUUUUCAAAGAUAUGUGUCUAUUUGAAAUCUUCAAGAUCCCUGUGAGAGAGUUCAUGUCAUACUUCUGUGCUCUGGAAAAUGGCUACAGAGACAUUCCCUAUCAUAACCGGGUCCAUGCUACUGAUGUUCUCCAUGCUGUUUGGUACCUGACCACUCGACCAAUUCCUGGGUUCCAGCAGAUCCACAGUGAGCAUGUAACAGGGAGUGACACAGAUUCAGAUAGUGGGAUCUCUCCAGGGAGGAUAUCUUAUGCCUCCUCCAAGAGCUCCUCGAUUUCAGAUGACAGCUAUGGCUGCCUUGCCUGGAACAUACCUGCCCUGGAGCUCAUGGCCCUUUAUGUAGCAGCUGCAAUGCAUGACUACGACCAUCCCGGUCGCACAAAUGCCUUUUUAGUAGCCACUAAUGCACCUCAGGCGGUACUGUACAAUGACCGCUCAGUCCUGGAGAACCACCAUGCUGCAUCUGCCUGGAGCCUCUACCUAUCCCAGCCUGAGUACAACUUCCUGGUCAACCUAGAUCAUGUGGAAUUCAAGCGUUUUCGCUUCCUUGUCAUCGAGGCAAUACUAGCCACUGACCUCAAGAAGCACUUUGACUUUCUGGCUGAGUUCAACAACAAGGUGAACGAUGUGAAUAGUCCAGGAAUUGAUUGGACCAAUGAGAAUGACAGACUUCUGGUGUGCCAAGUGUGUAUCAAGCUGGCAGAUAUCAAUGGACCAGCCAAAGUCCGUGACUUGCACCUCAAGUGGACAGAAGGCAUCGUUAAUGAGUUUUAUGAGCAGGGAGAUGAAGAAGCUAAAUUGGGAUUACCCAUCAGCCCCUUCAUGGACCGCUCCUCUCCACAGCUGGCCAAGCUACAGGAGUCCUUCAUCACCCAUAUUGUGGGACCACUGUGUAACUCCUACGAUGCUGCUGGUUUGCUACCCGGCUACUGGAUUAAUGAAACAGGUUCAGAUGAAGAUGACGAUGAGGGACAGGGGGACAUAGACACAGAUGAAGAUGUGGAUGAGGAAGAUGAACUGGAGGAUGAGCUGGAACCAGGAAGGAGGAAAAGUCAUCGCAGAUUGUUCUGCUGCAUAAUGCAGCACCUGACGGAAAACCACAAGGUGUGGAAGAAGAUCAUUGAGGAGGAGGAGAAGAGUAAAGAGCUUGGUAAACAGCAGCAGCCGGACAGCUUGCCCCCCUCUUCCUCAGAUGACAUCCAGGUCAUCCAGGAGGAGGAGGAAGGAGAGGAACGUCAGUAGCAGGAGAACAGAGGAAAGUCGUGUCAGGAUACGAGUCCUGGCGCGAACCUGACACAAACACCUGCCUUUAACUGACAUGGAGACAGUUGAUAAAUGCACAUAAACACACUGCUCCCUCUCUCACGAACACACACAAACACACACACAUACUGAAAGAUUCACUGUGCAGACACUCAAAUGCUUAAGCAGUCACAUUGUUUUUUGGAGAAACAAAAAGGCCUUACUACUGUGAGCGGAUCCUUACUGCAACGGUGGGGGCCCAACCCCUAUGCACUUUCACCCCAUGGAGAGUCAAGUGCACCCCAAAAAAGUACCAGAACUGAAGAGAAAGGUGCAGAAGAAUGUGCACAGGGUCCAGCAUUAACUUACCCUCCAUGGUAAUCAGGCUGUGAUGCUGCCGUGAAUGCAAAGCGCUUAACAUUAACACCUCCCUUAGGUACAAAAUGAUCCCUGUAUAUUUAAAAAUAAAAGGUAGAGGAAAAGUACUGAAGCAGGCAACAUCAUGAAGUGAUUGAUACCCUUUACCAAAGCGAACAGUUCAUUUAUGGGAAGACAAGAGACUGAAACUGUUUCAGCCUCAAUGUCAGGUAUAUUUUUAAAUUAUAUAUAUAUAUAUGUAUGUAUAUAUAUAUAUAUGUAUAUAUAUAUAUAUAUAUAUAUAUAUAUAUAUAUACAUAUAUAUAUAUGCGCGUGUGUGUGUGUAUAGAAAAAAUAUAUCUCAAAUGAUGUGCCUGUUGGAACCUUUACUGAGUCCAUAUUGGCCCAGAGCCUUGGCUUGUGUAGUUCUCUCUCCUUGCUGGCGACACGAAACACUGUAUCAGACUCAGUCACAGAGACAUUAUUGAAAUGUUGACUGAUUUAUAGCAUUAUAUCUGCAUCAUUUUUGAUGCUUUUAUUCAUGUGUACCACCUGUCUUUUUUUCCUUUUAACUCUGUACUUUAUUUUGAGUGUGUGCAUAUUUUUGGCAGGAAUGUGAUAGAAUGAGCAGGGAGAAAGAGAGCACAUUUUUUAAUUAUUUUAGUAUGUAAUUUGUGUGUGUUUGUGUGUCCUUUUUUUUUAGUAAUAUUUGGUUUCAAAUCAGUGAAAUGUCCUCUGGUGUUUAACAUGUUGCAUUCAGAUCAGGAGUGCUGAUUCAAUGAACGGAUCUUUCAUGUUCCUUUUUUGAUUACAAGUAUUUUUUAAAGGUUACUCAGGAUUCAUGCAAAGUUGAAUAAUUAUUUUGCAGGAAUUUAUGUCAUUAAUAUGAAAAAGACUUUAAAAACUAAGAAAAUUAAAAAUCUGGGUGACUGAAAUAGUUUGUAAUCUCUUAAUGAACAACUUGACUACAAACAAAUUGAAGCAAUUGAAAUCCUCUAUGAGAGAGGAGCGUAGAGUAUGUGCUGUCUUCUGGCCAUUCGUACACUGUUUGCAUAACCUUUUUACAACCUCACUGGAGAAGAACUGAUCUUGAUUGUCAGCAGACUUCAAAUGUCCUGCAGUAACACAACACAAAUAGCUCUGCAGUCCUUUAACAGUAUAUAUGGCUUUAUUUUUUCAUUUUUUAAACCAACAGUAAAAAGACUAAAUGUGUGUUUCUGUUUUUUGGCAGAUGCUGAUGUUUAGACAAACUAAAUGUACAUCUGACUUCUUCUUUCCACUUUUUUUCUUCAAAGAGUUUUGUCAAAACCCACAACUCGGCCAGUGUGUAAAGAAGAGAUACAGGCUUUUAUGUCACUUUGGUUUUGUUUGUAUACGUAUAUAUUUCAUGAAGUGGCAUGAGGCAGGUUAAAAACUACUAGUUCUCAAAUUUAGUCUAAUAACUCUUGGCAUUCCACUAGUAAAAGACAUUUUAACAAAGGGAAGGCAGAACUGAGUCAUAGAUUCCUUUAUCUCCUUAUUAAAUAAUGAUCUCUGCAGACAAUGUUAAGCAAGCAGUGUAAACUGACACAUUCAAAGUCAAAAAGCGGAUAAAAAUGUGCACAUUUUAAUACCAAAUGUUUAGCCACUGUAAAAAAAAAAAAAAAAAAAAAAAGCGUGCAUAUAAAUAUAUAUUUUUUGAAUAAUCAAACAAAUGCAUCUGUUUUCUACAUGCAGCUGACAUGUACAUCCUGUAAUUACCUUUGUGUCUGCAGAGUGUUUAUUUUUUUCCAGAUGUGGAACGGGGGGGGGGCUUGUGAGUUAGAUUUUACUUGAUUUCAUCCUCUCCCAUGUUCUGUCAAAACCACUUUUGCCUCCUCCAUUAACUCUCUCUGUCUCUGUUGUAUCACUUGACCUGACUAGUGCCAAACUUUCCCUACUUCUUGUAAUGUGUGGGCUGUGAUGUGCUGAUAGGCAACAUUUCUCCAGGCUCCAGUACUGUUCAUCCAAGAACAACGCAUUGAGUCAAAAAUUCCAACCAGGAUCAAAGUUUGCAGUGACGGUGGUGAGAGUCAGAGCUGGACUCAGGUUAGAGCCAUAUACAUUCUGACAAUCCUGUUUUCAGUUUUUUUUUCCACAUGGACCCAAGCUGGAUCAUAAAAGCCUUAGUAGCUUCAGACCUGACAUAUUCUGACUCAUUAAGUUGUAAAUGUAUGUUGGCUUUUCACUGUGCAGUCUUUCAAACCACAGUGUCCUCUGAUGAUUGUGCCAUAAAUACAUCUAUGAAUGGUUGUUACCCUUAUGUAGCAUCAGUAUCCGUACAUUUGUCUAAUGUAACCAUUCACCCUUAUCUACAUUGUGGGGACAACAGAUUUUUGUUGUUAUUUAUAGCUGUCAUAAAACACCACCCCUGAAGCAUCA